AUUCAAAUUAGAUUUUUACGAAGAAAACUUCAGGUGCUCCUCCCACACCAAAUCACCCCUCUUUCAUUUUUUUUAAUUCAUUAAUUUCCCAAUUUUCGCCGCCACCGUAGCCGCCUCGCCUCGCCUGAAAAAUUAACUCCACCACCGGAAACCACUUAUUUAUCAAAUUUUCGGUGAUCAUCGUGAAAAGGUGGUUUUCAAGAUUCCCAAAUGAAUGAAUGACAUAAGAAAAUAAAAAUAGUAAUACACAUGCUUGUGUUGGAAGCAACUUCUGAUAUAAGUUUUUGCCAGUCUUUUCAGAACAAGGGUUUUUGGAUGGCAAAGGGUACUGAUGCUGAUCCUCGAUUUGAUAAUACUUCAAGAAUUGAACACAAAAGGUCACAUCAAUGGUUUAUAGAUGCAGCUCAACCUGAGUUAUUUCCGAACAAGAAACAAGCACUUCAAAGUCCAAACACUUCUUCAACUUCAGAGAUUUCCAACGCAACUGGUCAUUCUUGGAAUAGUCCUUCCAGUUAUCACUCAGUACCGAACCAAUUUAUUCAGCACUUAUUUGGACCUGAUACAGCUAGUUCUGUCAAUUAUAUUGAAAGAACGACAUGUGAUGAAACUCAUGACUCAAAUGCAUCUGUUAACUUGUCUAUAUCUCACAAUAUGGAAGAUCCAGAAGCCUGUCUUAGCUAUAGUGGUUUUAGAAAGGUGAAAGUUAAUCAGGUGAAGGAUGGAGACAACAGUAUUCAUGAUCUGAACGGACACAGCUAUAUUAAUGAAAAUAAUGGUGACAUCCCUACAGAACAAGCCUUCAAUAGGGAAAAUGAAAGUAGUUUUAUAUCAAUGGGGCAGGCUUAUGAUAAGGAGAAUGACAAUGUCACAUUAAUGGGUCACACUUACAACCAAGAUCAUCAUGUUGUAUCUCCAUGUACCACAUACGUCAAGGAAGAUGACGGUUCUGUUCCAAUAAGUGACACCUAUGGGAAGGAAGAAGCUAAUAUGAUAUCUUUUGGCGGAUUUCAUGAUGUACAUGAUAUUAUACCUGUUGGCAGGCCCAUGAGUGGCUAUGAUCAAUCCUACAGUCAACCAUUAGUUCAAAACCCAGAAGCAGUUCAUGAUAGAGAGUUUGAUGUAUCAACUGCCAAUUCAGCUGGAAGUAACACCAGGGUAGCCAAGUCAAAACCCGAAUCUGGAUUGAAGAACAAACCUGAGCUCAAAAGUGGGCGAAAAGAAGCUCCAAACAGCUUUCCUUCAAAUGUCAGAAGUUUAAUUUCAACUGGUAUGCUGGAUGGUGUCCCUGUAAAGUACGUUGCCCUUUCACGUGAGGAGCUCCGUGGCGUUAUAAAAGGUUCUGGCUAUCUUUGUAGUUGUCAAUCAUGUAACUAUUCCAAGGCUCUUAAUGCAUAUGAGUUUGAACGCCAUGCUGGUUGCAAAACAAAGCAUCCCAACAAUCAUAUAUACUUCGAGAAUGGAAAGACCAUAUAUCAGAUUGUACAAGAAUUGCGAAACACUCCUGAAAGCAUGCUGUUUGAUGUAAUUCAAACUGUUUUUGGUGCCCCAAUAAAUCAGAAAUCAUUUCGCACAUGGAAAGAAUCAUUUCAAGCAGCAACUCGUGAACUUCAGCGCAUAUAUGGGAAGGAAGAAUUGAAUAUGUAAAGAGCAUUGGCCAAAACAUAUUAAGGAAUAGAAACUAGUAUGGAUAACUUAGCAAAUUGCACAAUGAUGUAGCUUUUUGGACAGACUGGUGGGAAUUGCUUCCUGUUAAUAUAAUGUAGUUUCAUGUACAAUCUAGUUUUCUGAUUCUGGCGGGUGUUUGGCUAUAUUGUUAUGCUUAUGCACAACCUGAUAAAAGGAAACCCACCAGGAACAGCAAAUCAUAUCUAUAUGGUAAUGUAAAUAGUUUUGCUGGA